AUGUCAACCCCACGCCCAGUCCGAUCAUCCGCACGCCAAUCAGCCCUGAAGCAGGAACAGGAAGCAGAACUUGCAGCGAAGCGCGAACAGAUCGCUCUCGCGAAGAAGGAACGUGAUCAGGAGAAGGAUCAGGACCGUGGCUUUCUGUCCUCGAGCUCAUCCUCGUCCUCCCGAAGCCUGAGUCCCGCACUCUCGGACUCAGCCUCGUUGAGUAGCGGGGAUGAAGAAGAUCCUUUAGAUAAUAACCAGCGACGGUCGUAUCGGAACUCUCGGCGUCAGCAACCGGAGGGGGAGGAAGAGGAAGAACAGGAUCCAUCAAAGCCCUUCAAGGACCCGCAUCUACACUCGUACUGGGAGAUCGCAUUUAUAUAUGGGUUCCUGACCAAGUUCAAGGCUUUGCUUCGACAGAGUUGUCCGUUGCAUGAGUUUUCGUUGGAGGACAUUGAAGCUGGUCUGCUAUCAAGAACUUCAAACGCCUGCAUUGAAGAGAUCCACGCCAACCUGCUCUCCAACAUGCUGAAUCGCAAAAAAGCUGUCGACGCUCACACAUGGCAAAAAGUACUCUCGGAGACAUUGGAUAUGAAGAUCAGGACCCUGGAAAUGGAGUACGAUCAGAAUCCAUUGCGGUACUAUGGCGACUACUACAAGCUCCCUCCAGAUGACAGGGUCCAUAUCCUGAAAUCGUUGGUUCAUUGGGUUCUGCAGGAAUGCACUGUGAUCCGAACGGGGAUUGAGCAGGAUAAUGAGUGUUAUAUGGUGGAGCCCUUCGGUUCCGAUCAGACUAAACGCAUUUAUUGGUACUUUGGAGAGGGAACGCUGACAGUAUACAGAGAAACCAAGGGCACAAAAAAAAAGAGUGGCACGUGGGAGACAGUUGCCAACAACCUAGAAGAGCUCCACAAGCUGGCAGAUUCAUUUAAUGGGACAAGCUCGAAACCAGAGAAGGCACUGCAGGAACGGCUUCAUGAAGAAAUCAUCAAUCCAGCAGAAGACAAGCUGCUCCAAAACAAAAUGAAACAAGAGCGGUUAGAGAAGCGGAUGCAGAAACUGGCAGAGCUACAUCAACUGGCAGCGACCAGGACGACCCGGACACGGUCUUCGAACCGAGUCAACCAUCCCAAGUAUAACUUUGACGAUGACGAAGAAGAUUUUGAACAGGAUGAGUACGACCUCUAUAGGAGACCUUCUAGCCGACGGAGAUAUAACAAUAACCUCGAUCACGACAAAGAGCAACAGAAUCAUCAGGAACGAAGAAGUGCGUCUGUCGAGGCUGCGUCCAGCGCCAGAUCAAGUGUCGGCCAUGAUUCAGAUACAUCUCUCCGAGAUGCGUUGCAGCGGACACGGGUCGGCGAUGAGGACGAUCGUUUCACACCAGAGGAGUCCCGAGAAAUUGAUGUGGACCACGAAAAUGUGGAGCAGGAGGAAAUACAUAGGCGGGCCAAUGUUCAAGCUGAAGGGCUUGAGAACCGACCAGACACUACUAUCCCAUCAUUCCCUGCUUCACCGGUGCCAUCUUAUCCAAAUACGGCCGGACCAUCAGCCGCACCCUCGUCCGAGACAAACACUGCACCUGUUCCCUUGUCCGAGACGUUUAGUGCACCCGAAGCAGCAGAACAGGACACUGAGAUGAAGAGCGCGGAUGUCUAA